AACCUUCUUCUUCGUGGUCUCUGCGAAUCAUACAAAUGGGUUUACUGCGCCUGCGCAGUGCUGCUCGGAACCUACUGGAAUCACUGGGCAAAGUUUACUCCCAAGGCAAAGGACAAGAAGCGCUCCCCCUCCAAGAAGGCCCGCGCUCCUGCAGCUCCCUCCAUCCCGGAACCCGCUCCUGAGGUACAGCCGGUCCCGGUUCUGGACACGCCGGUUCAUCCCACCGUGGACUUUGUUCGCGAUGCGGAGGACACCAUGACCGCCUCCACACGUGUGGAGUUGCCUCUGCCCUUCCUCCACUCCGACGAUGAGGACGAUGGCAAGGAUGGGCGUGGAGAAGAAGCCCCGUACUUGUUUUUCGACUCGGAGACGGGUCGAUAUUUCAUGUCCGUUCCAAGGGAUGUGGCCGUCAGAGAGUUCACCAGACUCAAUCCUCAUCCUACGGACUCUCGGGAAGGCAGACCUGCCCGGUCGGUUCCGAGUGCCUCUAUUCUGGACAGGCCUCCUCCUUCGCCUGCGACGGCUUCUUCAGCAGCGCCUCGUCGUCGGUCGGAGACCUCGACAGCCCGCAUUCCAGUUCGUCCGAGGUCCCAGGUCAGAGUCCCGGACAUACCUGUCACCUCGGACACGGACUCCGAAGAGGAGCCCCUGCCCUCAUCGGACAUCCCCUCCGAGGACGACGACCUCUCGGCGCCAGCUUCACCUCAGAGGAUGCAUCACCCUGAGCCGUCGUCCCCAUCUGACGACAUGCGCACCUUCAGCGAGCACGUCAUAAAGAUGGCCAGGGCCCUCGACAUCGAGCUCUCCUUCCCCAAGGAGGAGGCCCGUGACCCAGUGGAGCAUCAGGUGCAUGGACGUGUGCCCACACCGCCUUCCAUCCCCCUGCUGCCGUCCCUGGAGACCAUAAUCCAGAGGUCCUGGGACGCCCCGGCCUCCCUGACCGGCUCGUCCCGCAAGGUCGAGUCGCUCUACAGGGUCGCUCCGGCAAGCUGCGCUUGGUUGGCCGAACACCCCAAGCCGAACUCGGCCAUUGUGGAAGGGGCCCAGCACAGUUUCGUCCCGAAGCAGGCGACCUCCCCCGUCGACCGGGAGGCGAAGAAAAUUGAUGGCCUGGCCAAGAAGGCCUAUUCGGCGGCAUCCUUCGCGGUGAAGGCCAUCCAUUACAACGCCUGCAUGGGGGCUUACAUCCAGACCUUAAUGGAACGGAUCUCCCCCCUCGUGCCGGAUGUCCCAGACGAGAUCCAGAUGCAGCUGGUUGGCUCAUCACCGCCUCCAGGAAUGUGGCAGACUGUGCAGGAAGGGCUAUGUCGGCGUCGAUGGCGCUUCGGCGACACGCCUGGUUGAGGGCGUCGGACCUCAACCCCAGCGUCAAGGUGGCCAUCGAAGACAUGCCGCUCGACAGGACCGGGCUUUUCCAUGCCGAAACCGACGACCGCCUGAACAGGAAGUUCAGAAUGAAGGUGGCGGCGAAGAAGCAUGUCCUCCACAUCCGUCUCGCCCUUCCGAAAGCGACAGCGCCCGUGGCAGCCACAAGGGCCUGUGGUUCGCAACCGUCGACCUGAAGGAUGCCUACUUCCACAUCGGGAUCCGGGAGUCCCACCGGAGAUUCCUCGCCUUCGCCAUAGGCUCCACCGCGUACCACUACAACAUGCUUCCCUUCGGCCUUGCCACGGCACCGAGAGUUUUCACAAAGUGCAUGGCACCGGUAGUGGCAUACCUCCAUCAGAAAGGCUUCAUGGUCUUCCCGUCCCUGGACGACUGGCUGUUUGCCGCCGAGUCCCAGCAAGAGCUGCAGGAAGCGGUCUCAUUCGCCUUGCACCUCUUAGACUCCCUCGGACUGGUCAUCAACCGGGAAAAGUACCACUUCACACCGACCAGACAAGUUCAUCGGGGCCAUCCUCGACUCCGAAAGAUGCUCCGCCUUUCUCCCUCCAGACGGUUUCCAGGCGCUGACGACAUCGCUCAGGCCUUGCAUCUCCCACAGGAGGGUGAGGGCCAGAGACGUCCAAGUUGCCCUGGGCCACAUGGCAUCGACAACGUUUGUCACGCCUUGGUCAAGACUUCGCCUUCGACCUCUGCAGUCCUGGUUCCUCUCGGUCUUCUCCCCGAUGGAGGACCCUCCGUCCAAGUGGCUCACGAUACCAAGACCUGUAACUGCUUCCCUGAGAUGGUGGUUGGACUG